AUAUGACCGAAUGGUUCUACUUCCUUUAUGUUAUUUUUCUAUCUCUAAAAAAAAUAAUCUAACCUAAAAUUUUAUUUCUAUAAUACUGUGCAUUAAAUUAAAAAACAUUAUAAUUAAAUAAACAUUUUUACUAGUACAUUUUAAACAUGAAUCAAGCUGAUGUUACUAAAUUGGUUUCCAAACUUCGUAUUCCUGUACAUCCAGAACGUCGCAAGCUUAGAAAUCCAAAAGGUCCAGAAGGAAGAAUAGAUAAAUUACGUAAAACUGUAACCGGCUUAAUAAAAUACGAAAGAAUUGAACUUAACUACAACAGAGCCGAUGAAGCUCGACAAUAUGCAGAAAGGCUUAUAUCAGAAGCAAUACAACAUGGAGACUGUCAUAAACCAACAAUGGAUAUUGCAGAUUACUGGCUCCUGGAAAAAGAACUUGUACACAAACUUUUUAAGGUCCUUGUGCCUAGGUAUGAAAAUCUCAACUCUUGCUAUACAAAUUUGCUGAAGGCACCACGACCUCAAAAUACUAGAAACAUUGAAAAAGUUGUUCUAGAAUUGAAAGGGAACCCGUACCCACCAUUACGUAAUAAACAAUCUAACAAUAAGCUCCUGAUUCAGAAUGUUUUGCUAGAUGCAGCCAAAUAUGAGUACAGACAGUCCAAAUACGCUGAAAUAGCUGAUAAAAUUGGCAAAGGAGAAACAACAGUUGACAAUAAUCAAAAAGAAAAGGUCACAGAAAAACCUUCUCAGAGUUAAAUAUUUUAAUUAUUAUUAAACAUUUUAGUAUUGAUUUAGUGUAAGAAAUAAAUUGUGUUAGAUUUUUUAA